UUGGGAGAAGAAAAUCAAGCUUUGAUGUGAAGGAGAACAAGAUUCGAGAGCUUGAGGCAUCUCUCAAGUCAUCAUUGGAGAAAUGUAACGCUGAGAGGCAGGGUCGAAUUAGGGCUCAGCAGGAAUGGGACACCUAGGCAACCUUUACUUGUACCUCUUGCUCGGGCACGCUUGCUAUUUGAUCCAGUUCGGGUUCCUCCAGCAUCUCUUGAGGGUCUUGAAGAAUAUUCUCAUUGUUGGAUUAUAUAUGUGUUUCAUUUGAACACAAAUCUUGAAAAACUGUGGAAGCAUCCAGCAAAAUCAAAGUUUAAGGCGAAGGUGAGAGUACCUAGAUUGGAAGGAGGAAAGAUGGGAUUAUUUGCUACAAGAUCUCCACAUCGGCCAUGUCCCAUUGGGCUUACAGUGGCAAAGGUGGAGGCUGUUCAUGAACAUAUGGUUCUACUUUCUGGUGUGGAUCUAGUUGAUGGAACACCUGUCUUGGAUAUCAAACCUUAUCUUCCAUACUGUGACGGCAUCCAAGGUGCAACAGUGCCCACGUGGGUAAAGGCGGACAAUGUAUUAGCUGUAGCUUCUGUGAGCUUCUCCGACAGCUUCAACGCCACUCUAGCUGAUUGUUGGACAAAACUGGAAAAGAAGUCAAUCUAUGCAUCCCCUGAUGAAUUUCAAAGCUUGAUCAAGCAGGUGCUUUCCUGGGAUAUACGAUCAUUAUCGCAACGGAGUCGACCUCAUAAUUCCAUAGUAAACACAGAAAACGACAUAAGAGGUAACAGUAAUACUGUGGAUCUUGACGAUGACCAAGAUGAUGCAGCUACCAAUACUGGAGGUGAGGGGGUUUCUCUUCUUUCCAGUGACAUUAUUUAUCAUCUGACUUUGGAAGGCUUAGAUGUGUCAUACAGAAUGGUUUCUGAUGGCAAUGUUAUUGUUGAGAAAGUCACACUUCCAUCUCGUAUCACAAAACAGUUAUAAACAGACUACAAGUUCAUGACAGGAGAGCUAAACGUGUAUAUUACUUUGUUUAAUGCACUCAUCUUCUUGCUGUAAUGCUUGGAACCCUUUACAUUUGGCAUAAGGUUGUUUUCAGAUUAA